AUGUCGAGCCGUCAAGAAAAUCAAGAUUUAGAUUUCAUGAGCCAGCUACUUCUCUCUGGAAAGUACAGUGAUUUCAGAUUGCGGUGCCAGAAUGUCGAGUUUCAGCUCCACAAGUCCGUCGUUUGCAUGCAGAGUCCGAUGUUUGCGGCUGCACUGGAUGGCAACUUUACUGAAGCGGCCUCCGGUACUAUCGACGUUGAACUUUUUGAUAUCGACACGAUUCGACGCCUGAUCCAGUUCUUUUACAUCGGCGACUACAACACAGAGAACCCAAGUGACACCAAGCAGCUUAUCAUCAAGCUGGAGUCGCCUUCCGAGGAGAACCUGACACCCGCUGGAACUGAGAUCUUGAGCGCCAUAUCCGUCGCCGACCAGCUCCGAGCUCACAUCGACCUUAACAUUGCGGCUGAUUACUACCAGGUCCCGGACCUUUUGAAGAUGACGAGAGAUGAGGUGGAAAAAUUGCUCCAGCAUCACUGGAAUGCUAGCGCCUUCCCAGAACUCUUCGAUCGCGUAUCCUCAGUGGUCGCUGAUACGAAACUUCAAUCAAUUGUGACCGACGCGGCAGCUCGGCACCUGGAGGAACUCCUGCAGCUCAAGGAGUUCCGAGAACUUGGUUGCAUCAGCGACAUGACGAUUAAGCUUUUAUCAAGCAUUCUAGAGGCUAACAAAUCGACAAGGAGCCCUAAAUUAAAGAGCCCCAAGAAAAGAAAGUCGACUUUCAGCCGAUGGUAA